AUGCUGCUGCUGCUGCCGGCGUCUUUCUCACUUGAGAAAGAAACUGCCGAAGCUCCGCAAGCCAUCCGCCGCUUACUCCUCAUCGUCGUCAUCAUCCUCCCCCUAUCGAUGUUCUUUCCGUCGCGGCUGACUCUGCUCACCGGCGUUAUCAUCCUCCCCCAUCGACUUCUCCGUCGGGAUCGCCUCGGCGAGCUUUGGGAUCGAGCGGGUGUGAAGAAGGAGCAAGUAAGCCUGCCAGGAGACCUUUUGUGUCCUCGAUCUAGGGAUUUUGUUUCCUCUCUGGUUUAG